AUCAUUCCAUUUAUACACCCAGGCAUACACCCUUGUCAAGAACCUACAUGUCUCAGAACCCCUCGAUGUCAGACACAGGACCCCCUACCAUUAUUUCGCCUUCUGGGAAAUCUCUUCAUCCUAGUCAAGCUCGCAGUCGUAUUUUCGCCUUGGUUGUGGGCAUCAACAAGUACCAGCACCCCGGCAAUUUUGAUUUAGCUGGUUGCGUGAAUGACGCAAAGUCGAUGGUCACUUUUCUUCGAGACCGACUCCAGGUACCUGAAGAUCACAUCGCCUUCUUAUCUGACGAAAGCGCUACUCGGAAAAAUAUCAUCUCUACCUUCUCCAACCAUCUCACUCAUAACGAGGAGAUUUUGGAAGGUGACGCCAUGAUCAUGUACUACGCCGGUCAUGGCAGUCGUGUCCCCGCUCCGGAGGGGUGGCAAGCAAGUGACGGUCAGAUUGAGACUAUAUGUCCCCAUGAUGAAGGAAUGCAGACCGCUGACGGACAAGUGAUUACCGGAAUACCUGAUCGUACAGUCAACACGUUACUUCGGGAGUUGGCCACUAAGAAGGGGAAUAAUAUCAGCGUCAUCUUCGAUUCCUGCCACUCCGGUGGUAUUACUCGCAACCUAUCCGUGCCUCGCCCCUCCCUGCGACCUCGCUUCCUACCUAAUGCACGCCCACUCCAUCCCGACACCGAUAGCGCUAUAUGGUCGAGUGGUAUUUGGACAGGAGAUGCCGCUCGUGGCUUCAAUCAAAAAAUACCUUCUGGGUUCCGAUACGAGGCCAUGUCGUCUCAUAUCCUUCUCGCUGCUUGCCGUCAAGAAGAGCAAGCGUUUGAAGACUUGGGUUCGGCACACUCGGUGGGCCUUUUUACUAGUAUCCUCCUGAAGAAGCUUCAAAACGUCGCCAAGGAUUGUACCACAUACCGCGGCUUGUUUGACCAAGUGAAUGCUGCUAUGGUGGAAUAUUUCGACAAGGACACAGACAUCCAACACCCGCAAUGCGAGGGCAACAACAAGGACCGAGUCUUUCUCGAUGGUAAAUCCGUGGAUGGCGAUAUAAAAACUUUCAAUCUGGUCGACAGAAGUGGUGGGACAUACAGGAUCGAUGCUGGCAGUGUCCUCGGGGUAGCUCCCGGAUCGGAAUUCAUCGUUGAGGUUCGGGCUGGAGAAUCCCUCGCGCGCAAAAAGCUUGGAAUUCUAGUUGCACAAGAAGUUUCGGCACUGUCCUCUGUCCUGAGUCGACGUUCCGGAGACCUUCACUUCGACAUCCCUACUUCAGCGACGGCGUUCUUUUCAAAUUUCGCACACAGGGAUUCUAUCUUGAAUGUAUUUUUUAAUGGGGAGCAGGGUUUACUGAGCCAUCCGGCAGAUAGUCCGACAGGGACGCGUCGCGGGCGUUGGUCAACUGGAUGCACUUUUAUCCAAGUCUUCACCCCUGCUGAAGCCGACGUCAUAGUCACACAGAAACCGGAUGGCUUUACCUUCGAAAGGCGGGACCCCCUCAUUCUGAAUUACGCAGAUCCUACAGUGAGCAUCAAGUUUCCACAAGACCGCCUACCUACAGCCCUCAAUGCGAUCGCCCAUUUCAAGUACCAUCUCGGACGGCACCACAAUAGCGAUGCUCUUCAGACCGUUUCCGGACUUUCUGAAGAUGGCGGGGUCAAGAUGGAGAUAUAUCGUUUGAAACCCCAGUCGAUAUGCGUUCUCAUACCCGGCGGGGACAAUCUACUCACAAACAAUCAUGCAAGGCUUGUCUUCGAGAAAGAUGCGGAAUACGGCAUCGCUAUUGUCAAUGAAUCCACAACUGCCUUGUUUCCCUAUCUUUUUUACUUUGAUCCGUCUGAAUACAGCAUAAAGUCGCUAUAUCUGCCUCCGGCGAGCAGCAUGGCUGCACCUCUCCAACCUGGACAAUCGGUCACUGUCGGCUACGGUGCUGGCGGUGGCGAUCCAAUCGAUUUCUAUCUGCCUGACGAUGCCGUGUCAGACACAGGCUUUCUCAAGCUGUUUGUGUCGCCGACGUAUGUGGACAUGGAAUGGAUGAUUCAAGACGAGUCUUUCCGUACUACCUCCACACGAGGGACACGCUCGCAGGGAUUCGAGAACGAGGGAUGGGGUGCAUGGAUCGCUGCCGUCACUGUCACUGCUCCCGGACAAGCCGGCAACCACUCCGCGCAGCACAUCAAUGUAUAGGUACAGCCUUAUCACGCACGAAACAUGACAUGAUCCCUAGAUUUAUUUCAUUCAUUGUACAUUGUUACAAUCCCCACGGUAUCACAGCUCGUAUAUGUACAAUCAUGAAUCAGUGAAGUUGCCUCCCGUUGUUAACAUACACCUUCUUCCAACUUUCCCUUUC